AUGCUGUACAUCUCAGACCAAACUGUUGAUCGAUCUGUUAAAGGGUUGAGUGCUGAUAGAUCAGCCCGCAUAUCUGAUGUUUCUCUGACAUCAAAAUUUGAAUUGCUCAAUGAAUGCGAAGAAAAUUCCAAUGGAGAUUUUUGCAUUGACCCCAUGUGUACUAAUUGUCCAAAUUUGGCACCCAUAGGAUAUGAUGGUGAUGAAGAAGGUCUAUGGCUACAUUGUAUUCGUUACUCUGGACCUGGAUGGACGUAUGGGUGUCCAUAUCCUGUAAUAACAACUGUCUGGAGUGUAAAGAAUGGAUCAGUUUCGAGAAUUGAGUAG